UAGGUAUAUUAUACUGUACAUACUAAUGUCAGUCCCAUGUCACAUGUAUUCUCAAGCUGUCGUCCCCGUUAUUAAUUCAUCAUGCACCUUAACAUACAUUGUAAAACUAAUAACACGGAUUAUAACAUUGUAAUAUGGAUGUAAUGUUUUAUUCAUUACACGGAUGGUUGUGAAUUAACUCUUUCUGGAGUAUCGUGAAAUUACGAGUGGACUUCUUCCAAUAUUCAUUUUUUUGGUAAUGUAUCAAUGUGUAAGAGAGACUAAAUGAUGACUUUUGAACUCGACCAUAUGUUUUGAAAUGGAUCCGCUCAAUCCGCUGGGGUUAUGUGCUUUUACAAUAUAAUAGCUUGAUAUUUGGAUAAUUUAGUUUGGUUUGGAUAAAUUCAUGAAAUUACGUGCCAUAAUUUCAAAGGAUUACUUUACUAUAGACCUCAAAUCGACAGUAAAAACCAUUCAAAUGACUCUGUAUAGUCUAGAAGCCUACAUGAGGUAAACUAAAUAAAAAGGGUACACACGUAUGGCAUUUUAGUCUGUAAGCAGUUAACUCAUAUCAACGGAUAUACUCUGAUAGCGAGGACUUUGGAAGCAGUAAUAUCAUUUUUAAAAGGACAUAUCACUUAAAUUAUAGCCAGAAGUUUGAAAGCUGUAAGCUCCAUACCAUAUUAGGUAUUUGUAUUUGUUCAGCCGAAUUAACAAUGAUAAAAUACGAAGAUAUAAAAUAUCAUGUACCCAAUAAAGUCAUGUUUAAAUCAUGCAGAAGACUUCCAAAAGGACUAGUAUUACUGUUAAUUGCAGGAUGUAUAGCCAUGGUCAUAGUGUUUCUCAAAUCUCAUGGUGGACUGACAAAACGGUCCUUGAUUAAAACAAUUCCUACACAAAAUGUCCGGUCAUUUACUGGACGGAAGCCUAAAGUGUAUAGAACAUCCGAUGUUGACAUGGAUCCACUUAGGAUAGCAUCUCCAUAUUACAAGAUGAAAAUCCCGAAGAAUAGUACUUGUAAAGAAAGACGACCAGUGUUACACAAGCCUGAUCUUCCAUUGACAGCUCUAAUUAGUUACCCAGGAUCAGGGAGUACCUGGGUCAGACAUUUAAUACAGCAACUUACAGGUAUAGCUACCGGAUCUCCUUCCUGUAGAAAGAAGUUGAAGAAUUCCAAAUCCUUCUCAGUGGGGGAGUGUGUUAACAAUGGCAAGGUCAUUGUCAUUAACUCAAACGAUAGAUACAGACACAAAAAGUUCGAAAAAAGAUUUGACAAACUUAUUAUUUUGUACAGAGACCCAUUUGACACUCUCAGAUCAGUUUAUAGUUCGAAACAUCCGGGACAUUCAGAAUCUGUGGACUCAGAAAUUUUUAAUGUCAGAGGAUGGUAUGAAUUUGUACGAGACCAUACAACACUGUGGGAGCGUUAUUACACCGAAUGGUUAGAAGCCGAGAGACCAGUGUUUUUACUUUACUAUGAAGAUUUAAAAACUAAAUUACCUGCUACGCUUAAAAAGCUAGCACAUUUUCUAGAAUGGCGGGUCCACAAAAAGGACAUAGACUGCACUUUGGUGACGUCCGAAGGUCAUUUUCACCGAAGACAUGUGCAUAAUAUUACAAACUCAGAAAUAUUUGUUGGGAAAUUAUGGCAUAAAUUAGAAGAUGCCGAACUGAAUCUGGCUGAAAUAGCUAGCGAGCGGCGUAAAGCCGGGAAUUAUGUAGAAUCGGGAACCAGAUUAAAAAACAUUUUAGAAAAAGCGGACGAAGAAGACAAAGAGGAUACGUCGCUGUAACAUCAUGAUUUUAACGUCAAUUGUACGACAUACUAGUAUCUGAAAUAUACGUCGCUGUGACAUGAUUUUAACUAUAAAUGUACGAUACUGUAACAUGAUUUUAAUUUCCAAUUUGUAACAUAUCUGGAAUAUAAAAGUUCCGGGUUAACAUGGUUAAGUCAGGUCUUUGACGUAUCAGAAACUGCAACAUUUGCGAUCAAACAGCAAUUAAAUUCAGAAUACGACAUAUCUAUAUGAUGGUAUUUUAACCAAUUGCAUUUACAUGUGUUAACGUUAAUGUCUGGUGUUUGUUAAGUCAUUUAAUAAAACAUUGGAGGUUAUA